GGCCGCUGAAUUACUGAGCGCUUGUCAAGAAGAUGGCGGCUUCCUGGGCUGCGUGAAAAGAUGUAACGUUAGAGUUAGCAAGAUCUACAGUGAAAGGCGCACCCAGGGUCGAAUUCGUUCUCUGAGUCCUCCCUCGUGAUUUUUAAUUUAAGUUAACGAAUCGGAACGAAGAAGUGGAUAUGGCUUCUUCGGGGACCUCGGUUCUGCAGCCACGCUGGAAGCGGGUUUUGGGCUGGUCUGGCCCGGUUCCUCGCCCGAGACACGGACACCGAGCUGUGGCCAUUAAAGAGCUGAUGGUAGUGUUCGGCGGUGGGAACGAAGGCAUUGUGGACGAGCUGCACGUCUAUAACACAGCCACCAAUCAGUGGUUUAUUCCUGCUGUCCGGGGUGACAUUCCUCCUGGCUGUGCUGCAUAUGGGUUUGUGUGUGAUGGCACCAGACUCCUUGUGUUCGGUGGCAUGGUUGAGUACGGAAAGUACAGCAAUGAUCUUUAUGAACUACAGGCCAGUAGAUGGGAAUGGAAACGUUUGAAGCCCAAAGCCCCUAAGAAUGGCCCACCUCCAUGUCCUCGCCUGGGCCACAGCUUUUCCCUGGUUGGAAACAAAUGCUAUUUGUUUGGUGGAUUAGCAAAUGACAGUGAGGAUCCCAAAAACAAUAUUCCCAGAUACCUGAAUGACCUCUACACUCUCGAGCUUCGCCCGGGGUCUAACAUUGCAGGCUGGGACGUCCCUAUUACAUACGGUGUGCUUCCCCCUCCUCGGGAGAGCCACACUGCUGUUGUCUACACGGAGAAAACGUCCAAAAAGUCUCGUCUCAUCAUCUAUGGAGGCAUGAGUGGUUGCCGUCUUGGAGACCUCUGGACUUUAGACAUAGAUACAUUAACCUGGAACAAACCUGCCAUAAGUGGUGUGGCACCUUUGCCUCGCAGUCUCCACUCUGCCACCACUAUAACCAACAAGAUGUUUGUGUUUGGUGGCUGGGUUCCUCUGGUCAUGGAUGAUGUCAAAGUAGCAACACACGAGAAAGAAUGGAAGUGCACUAACACACUGGCUUGCUUAAAUCUAGACUCAAUGUCUUGGGAGACUAUCUUGAUGGACACGCUCGAGGAUAAUAUCCCAAGGGCCAGAGCCGGACACUGCGCUGUGGCUAUAAACAAUAGGCUGUACGUCUGGAGUGGAAGAGACGGCUACCGCAAAGCCUGGAACAACCAAGUUUGCUGCAAAGAUCUGUGGUGUUUGGAAACUGAUCGUCCUCAGCCUCCGUCACGUGUGCAGCUGGUCCGUGCCAACACCAACUCUCUGGAGGUGAGCUGGGGGGCGGUGCCUACUGCUGACACUUACCUGCUGCAGCUGCAGAAAUACGACAUCCCUGCUGCAACAGCUGCCACAUCACCAACGAUCAACCCCAUCCCGUCUUUACCCGUCAACUCGCCUAAGAGUCCGGUACCGGCCACUGCUGCUCCUGCAGCUCAGAGCUUGCCCCUCUCUGGGGUCACAAUGGUGCCACAGGUUCCUUCCCCCACCACCACCAUGCCAAGCAGCCCGCUUGCAGCUGCAUCUCGUGGGCCAGCUAUUCUUAAAGUGGCAGCGCCUCAUUCUUCCCCCGGGACAUCAGUCGUUACUGUGCGUCAGGCCACUCCAGGAGGGAAAUCCCCAGUCACAGUUACAUCACUUCCUGCAGGUGUCCGCAUGGUUGUCCCUGCACAGAGUACCCAGGGGACGCCAAUUGGCAGCAGCCCUCAGAUGAGUGGCAUGGCUGCUUUGGCUGCAGCUGCAGCUGCCACACAGAAGAUCCCACCCUCUCCCGCGACCACUGUGCUAAAUGUUCCAGCUGGGGCCACCAUCAUGAAAACCGUCGCUCUGACUCCUGGAUCCACAACUCUGCCAGCUACUGUCAAAGUAGCUUCUCCCGUAAUGGUUACUAAUCCUGCAACCCGAAUGCUGAAAACAGCUGCGGCUCAGGUCGGCACUUCCUCCAUCUCUACUCCUAACACGCCGACUCGGCCCAUCAUCACUGUGCACAAAUCAGGCACCGUAACCGUAGCCCAGCAGGCUCAGGUCGUCACCACCAUGGUCGGAGGAGUCACCAAAACUAUAACCCUUGUCAAGAGUCCAAUUACAAUGGGUGGCAGCGGUCCUCUGCUCUCCAGCCUUGGGAAGAUGAUGUCUGUUGUCCAGACCAAACCAGUACAAACCUCGGCAGUCACCGGGCAGGCUGGAAGCAGUCCUGUCACUCUAAUACAACUAAUAGCUCCCAGCUAUAAUCAUCUGCAGGCAUCUGAUUACAGAAAAACAAAGACUCCUCUGCCUGCUGGUACCAUCCUGAAACUGGUCACAUCUGCCGAUGGCAAGACAACCACAAUCAUUACAACUACGCAGGCAGGAGGGACUGGCACCAAACCCACUAUCCUGGGAUACAGCACAGUCUCUCCAACUACCACCAACAAACCAGGAACCACCAUUAUUAAAACCAUUCCCAUGUCUGCUAUCCAACAAGGAGCAACAGGUCUGACUAGCAGUCCUGGCGUCAAGUCCCCCAUCACAAUUAUCACCACUAAGGUUGUUACCCCUGGCACAGGUGCUCCGGGGAAAAUCAUAACUGCUGUGCCAAAGCUGACAGGUGCAGGACAACAAGGGGUCACACAGGUGGUCCUGAAGGGGGCGCCCGGACAGCCAGGCACUAUCCUGCGCACUGUGCCUAUGGGUGGAGUGCGUCUGGUUUCACCAGGCACGGUCUCUGCCGGAAAACCAACUGUUACCACACUGGUUGUCAAGGGCACCACGGGAGUCACAACUCUGGGUACAGUAACUGGAACUGUAUCGAGUAGCGUGGCAGGGGCCAAUGUGGCAAGCGCUAAUGCCAGCCUGGUGACUCCAGUCACCACACUUGGUUCCAUUGCCACAUUGUCCAGCCAGGUGGUCAAUCCCACAGCUAUCACUGUAUCUGCUGCACAGACCAACCUUGCCACCGCUACAAUACAAUCGGCAACCCAACCUACUCAAGUAACCCUGAUCACGACUCCAAGUGGUGCUGAGGCUCAGCCUGCACAGGAUCUUCCUGUCUCCAUCCUGGCCUCUCCCACCUCAGAGCAGCCCUCCACCACCGGUGCUGAUGCUGGUGAUGGUGCUGGCGAUGGUGCUACCACUGUGACGCUGGUCUGUUCUAACCCUCCAUGUGAGACCCAUGAGACUGGAACGACUAACACAGCUACAACGGCUUCUGCCAAAAUGGGUACCGAACAGACUUGUUCCAACCCUCCCUGUGAGACCCAUGAGACUGGAACAACCAAUACGGCUACAACCGCUUCUGCCAAAAUGGGUACCGAACAGAAUUGUUCAAACCCUCCCUGUGAGAUGCAUGUGACAGGCACCACCAACACUGCAACCACAGCCUCUGUGAACAUGGGCACGUCACAGCAGGUCUGCACCAACCCACCCUCAGAGACCCAUGAUACGGGCACCACCAACACAGCCACCACUGCCAGCUGCAACAUGGGAUCUAAAGAGAUGGAAACUGUGAACAGCAAGACAUCAUCUUCGGAAGCUACAUCUUCUGGUUCUGAACCAGAAACACCUGUCUCAGAAAGCAGUGCUGGAUCAAGCAGCAUGCGGCCGAAGAAUCUCCGCACAGGUACCACCAACACCUCCACUACUGCCCGCUCCAACAUGGGCUCAGACCAGACGGGAACAGUGCAGAGCUCCAACAAAAGCCAAGCGUCCAUCUCCUCUACGCUGAUACCGAUUUCCUCCAGCCCUCCCAGUGAAACAAGUGAGACGAGCACCACAAACACUUUGGAGGUGUCCGGUGGUGACCAGAACGUCUGCUCAAAUUCUCCCUGUGAAUCACACGAGACUGGCACGACCAAUACGGCUACGCAGUCAAGCUCCAGUAUGGAUAGUGGGCAAACCAACGUUGUUCAGAGCGUGUGUUCCAAUCCACCAUGUGAAACCCAUGAGACCGGCACCACAAACACGUCAACCCAGGCCUCUUCUUCUAUUGGUGCUGGACCAAAUGACACAGUUCAGAGCGUGUGUUCCAAUCCGCCCUGUGAAACCCAUGAGACCGGCACCACAAACACAUCAACCCAGGCCUCAUCUUCUAUUGGUUCUGCACAGAACAACACUGUUCAGAACGUGUGUUCCAAUCCACCAUGUGAAACCCAUGAAACGGGCACAACCAACACGCCAACUCAGGCCUCGUCUUCUAUUGGUUCUGGACAGAAUGGCACUGUGCAGAGGGUGUGUUCCAAUCCACCAUGUGAAACCCAUGAAACGGGCACCACAAACACAUCAACCCAGGCCUCAUCUUCUAUUGGUGCUGAACAGAAUGGCACUGUGCAAAGGGUGUGUUCCAAUCCGCCCUGUGAAACCCAUGAGACUGGCACCACCAACACAGCCACCACAGCUACCAGUAGCUUAGAAACUGGAGAAGAAACAGCCCAGCAGGCCGGUGAUGGACAGAGUGACAGUGGCACCAGCUCAGAACCCACAUCAUCUACAGAACCAGCCAAUCCCACAACACAAAACAGAGCCAUCACCACAGUAACACAGGCCACGCCCACUCCUGGACCAUCAGUACCGGAGAUUUCGUCUAUGGCUGGAUCUGCGGUAGUGGCUGAGGCUCCGGGCGAGGCGGAGGCCAUGGAGCAGACCAGCACUGAGGCCGUAGCAGCGGGAGAAGAGCCUAUGCAGACUGAGUGUCAGGGAGAGCUGGGUGAAGAGAGAGCGGUCAGGGUCGUGGCCAUAGAUGAAAGUGCAGGGGGAGAGGAGGGCACCGUGCUUCAGGUUCAUGUCACCAUGGAAGCUCAGCCAAGUCAAGAGGAUCAGGCUGAGCAGAUGGAGGCCGGUGUGGAGGGCGCAGAAGCAAUGAGUCUCGCAGCUCAGGACUCAGAAGCCCUCGCUUUGCCCCAGGAGCUGAUGUCUGCAGAAGGACAGCAAACCACUCUCAUGGUGACUGGACUGACUCCAGAGGAGCUGGCUGUGACGGCAGCGGCCGAGGCUGCAGCACAGGCUGCGGCUACAGAAGAAGCGCAGGCCCUCGCCAUACAGGCUGUCCUACAGGCGGCUCAGCAGGCUGUGCUCAGUGAGGGGGACGCAGGUCAGGACGGGCAGCAAUCCACCACCAUUCCUAUAGUUUUGACCCAGCAGGAGCUUGCUGCUUUGGUUCAGCAGCAGCAGCAGCUCCAGGAGGCGCAGGCACAGGCGCAGGCGGCCGCAGCCCAACAGUUAAGUGCUGCAGCAGCCGCAGCUGCUCUGCCCACUGAAGCCUUGGCACCAGCAGACAGCCUCAACGACCCAGCAUCUGAGAGCAAUGGCCACGAGGUGGGAGCUGUGGCCCGUCUUCUUCCACGUACUUCUGCAGAGACUCUUGCCCCAUCAAGUACUUUUGCACCAUCUCAGCCAAUCGUGGUCGCCAGUCCUGCCAAGAUGCAAGCGGCCACUGCUUUAGCUGAGGUAGCCAAUGGGAUUGAAUCAGCAGCUGGGAAGCAAGAAGCUCCUCCAGCCGUUGUAAAGCCACCAGUGAAGAAAGAGAAUCAGUGGUUUGACGUUGGAAUUGUUAAGGUCACAAACAUGGUUGUCACACACUAUUAUGUGCCAGCAGACGAUUCAGUGGCUACUGAUGAUGAUUCUGGCGCAAUCCCAGACUACAGCCGAAUGAAGAAGAUUGAGCUUUCUCCAGGCACUGCAUAUAAGUUUCGCGUGGCUGGUAUUAACGCAUGUGGCCGAGGGACGUUCUCUGAGGUCUCUGCGUUUAAGACCUGCUUACCUGGCUUCCCUGGAGCACCUUGUGCCAUCAAAAUCAGCAAGAGCACCGAUGGUGCUCACCUGACCUGGGAGCCUCCUUCAGUGACGUCAGGGAAGAUCAUUGAGUAUUCAGUUUAUCUGGCCAUCCAGAGCUCACAAACAGUCGAGGCUAAAGCGUCCGCGCCGGCUCAGCUUGCCUUUAUGCGGGUGUACUGUGGGCCCAGCCCAUCCUGUCUAGUGCAGUCAUCUAGUCUCUCUAAUGCCCAUAUUGACUACACCACCAAACCCGCCAUCAUCUUCCGCAUCGCCGCACGCAAUGAGAAGGGCUAUGGUCCGGCAACACAAGUCAGGUGGUUACAAGAAACCAGUAAAGAUGGCUCUGCGGCCAAACCUGCAGCAAAAAGGCCGGUCGCGUCCCCUGAUUUGAAAGGCACUGGUCAAAAGAAGGCCAGAUCUGACCAGUGAGCUCACAUGACCCCUGACCCCACCCUGUUUAUGAGCUGAACCAUGACUGAACUCCAAAUCCUGCUGAAAGACCUUCCUGCUUCCACUUAUUACCCCUUUCCAUCAUAUGAAACAAAAUGGAAGGAAACUGCAGUCAAAAAUAGAAAAACGUACAAAAAAAAAUCCGCUCCCAUCACUGGACAUUUUGGUGCAAUGGACGCCUUAUUACCAACUGUAUUUUUUAAAACCCCUAAAUGUACCUCCUCAGAAGCACAUGCAUUUGCUUUUCCUUUCAAUUCUGUGUAAAGAUAUUCCAGCAGCGUUCAGUCUAGUCAUAACUGUUAUCAGAUACUUGUUCUUGUUUUCCUCCCUUAAGCUUAUUUCAAUACAAGCAAUAGAUAACAGAAAAAUAACUUUGCUCUCUUGUCAGUUUGAUGUUUUUAUUAUUUGGCCAAGUCUAUAUUUCAACCACGCGCUGAAAGGAGACUGAGAUACAGAGGAGGGAAUGUGGACAGCGAAACGAAGCAAGGAAAUGCAUUGAAAUCAAAUGAAAACGAACAGCACUUGAUGCUUCUGAGGGAAAAGACUCUGUUCAUUCAGAGAACCUGUAAUUAUUCAUUCACUUCCAGUUCGGUAGCCUGUUUUGCAUCACUGUGUGUUCAUACAUUUGCUGUAAGGGACAAUUUGUGGACCGCAACGCUGAAGACAAAAAGGACUUCAAUCCAUGUAUAUGAAUAAAAAAAGCAUAUUACUUUUGCAUUGCGUCAACUAGAUCUUGUAUAGAGAGAGAGAGAGGGGGAAAAAAAUCCAAAAAAUAGUAAAUGGUGAUACAGGAGUUAUUUGUGUGUGGUUUAUUUUUGUAAUGAUUAUUAUUAUUAUUAAUUUUUUUUUAAUAAGAAAAGGUCUUUCCUUGUCAUGUAUUUGUGCUUCAUGGCGCAGUUUUAAACAUCACACCUCUCCUCAUCCCUGUAGACUCAUGCCACAGUGUUUCCCGUGUACAUGAAUGAUUUGACCUUUAUUUUGGGAACUGUAGUGUAAAUUGUAUGUAUUUGUUCUGAUCAAUGACCGACCCUCUUUUGAGGUUUCUCCACUUUUUCUUUUUUAUUUCCUCACCCAGCUUUUUAUUUUUUUUGGAAUUUAUAGAAGCAUACUACAGAAAAAAAGAUGCUUUUAUUUUUAUUUCCCCUAUGUCAUUAGUCUAUAGUUCUUUUUACUUUUAUACGCUUGGUUUUGUGAGUUGGUAGAUAUGAAUUGGGAUUCUUCUCAAGCUGUGCAGCAAAAGUUUGAACCAUUUUCAUUCUCUGCUUCAGACCGCUUGGACUUAUUUUGGGAUGCAGGCCUGUGUAAAUGCUAAAUUGGUGGAAAUUAAGUAGAGGUUUUGAUGAGUAUAUCUUUCUUUGAAUGGAAGUGAGAAGCAGUUUGUUCCUGUUUCUAGCGGUUGGAAGACGUUGCAGAUGGAUUGUUGGCUUAGCCAGAGUUUGAACUCUGUUGUAAAUUAGUUAUUUCACGUAGCAAGACGUUAAACGAAAAACUCUUUGCCUUUUUUAUAUAAUUAUCUGUAACAAAAUGUUUUUACAUGUUGUCAUCUAUUGAUUGCUUUUGUGUCUUGACAUAUAAAAGUAAUGGAAUUCUG